AUGUUACUUUUUAUCAUUGAAGUAUUCCGUUCAGUUAAAAUUAGCGCCAAAUGCGAAGAUGCUCGCAUUCAACGUCUUAUAGCACAAACCGAUGUCAACGGAAAUCCUAUUCCCGUUCCUUGUACUGAAGAAUCUGCUUCGAUUUUCAGUAUCAUCUACUUUUCGUGGGUCAGUCCCUUGAUACGACUGAGUUCCCGUAUGUUCCUCGAACAUAAAGAUAUUUGGGCACUCAACCCGAUCGACUGUUCCAGCUCCAUUAUCGAUCGCUACAGCCGCAUCCGCACUCGUUUUAAAUCCCUUGGUUUCAAGCUCAUGCUUUUGAUUUGGCAGAGAUUUGCCAUGACAACACUAUUUUGUCUAAUAGACACUACUCUUGCGCUGGCUCCACCGUUUUUCAUAAACAGGAUUGUAGAUUUCAUCGAGCAUCCAAAUGAUUCACCACUAUACAUGGGAUUCGUGUUUGCUUUGGGACUUUUUGGUUGUUCCAUGCUCAAGUCGUGGUGUAAUAAUCAGUACUUCAAUAACGGCAGAAGAGCUGGUAUGCAUCUUCGUUCGGUUCUCAUUUCUGAAAUAUAUAAAAAAUCCCUGCGUCGAUGUGUUUCCACUACUCACAACAAGGGUGAAGACGACCAGUCGAAUGACAAGAAUGGCAAAGAUCCCAAAAGUGCUGGAAAAGACACCAAAGCCUCGUCCGAGGACAGUGAAUCAUCUCUUGGCAAGAUUGUCACACUUAUGUCAGUGGACACCCGUCGUAUCCGUGAAAUCAUUGCGUAUAUUCCUUGGGUGUUUACCACUCCCUUGCAGAUUAUUGCCUGUGUGGUUGCUCUAUUCGGCGUUCUUGGAUAUUCUGCUAUUGCUGGUGUCGCUGUGAUGGUUAUUACUAUGCCAAUAGUCAGUGUUGUCAGCAAAUUUCAAUACAAGGUCGGUGAUAUGUACAUGGCCAAAAUGGAUGCUCGUGUUGGUGUUGUCAACGAAAUGCUCCAAGGUAUCCGCGUCAUCAAAUAUUUUGGCUGGGAGUCAGAGUUCUUCAACAAGGUGAACAAGGCACGUCAAGGCGAGCUAAAUAGUUUAAUUUGGUGCUUCAUCAGCAAUUCGUUCAGUAAUAUAUCAUGGAAGUCCAUUCCUGUUUUGGUGUCGUUUGUUACCUUUAUGACCUACACACUGAUUGCUGGACAGCAGCUAACUGCCACCACUGCGUUCACCUCGUUGUCAUUGUUUAUGACAUUAAGAUUUCCACUUAUGAUGCUUCCUAAUCUGCUUAUGGAUGUCAUCCAAGGUAUGGUGUCGCUUCGUCGUAAUGAAACUUUUUUGGCUCAGCCGGAGCUUGACAAGUAUAGCAGCACCAACGAUCAUCUGUUUGAACAGAAUUGGGAAACUGUCAAAACUCAGCCUGGAUUUGACCAUGCAUCAUUCACUUGGAAUAUUCAGGGUCAAUCUACUGAGCCCAAUCUGGAUGCUCAUCAUCACUUUGUGCUUUCAGAUAUUCACGUCAAAUUCCCUGUUGGUCAACUGACUGCCAUCGUAGGUCUAACCGGUGCAGGAAAGAGCAGCAUUAUUAAUGCUUUGUUGGGUGAGAUGAAGACUCUUCAAGGUCGUACCAUUUUUCCUUCAGUUUAUUCAAGAUCUGCACCAGAUAUCAACUCUCGUGACGUCGGCGUUGCAUAUGUAUCCCAGACUGCCUGGCUUCAAAAUGCAACUGUGAGGGACAAUAUUUUGUUUGGGUCACUGUACGAUGCUGAUAGGUAUGCCAAGGUGAUUGAAGCAUGUGCAUUAGUUAGAGAUCUUGAAACAUUUCCUGCUGGUGAUCAAACCGAGAUUGGUGAAAAGGGAAUCAACAUGUCUGGGGGUCAAAAACAGAGAAUCUCACUUGCUCGUGCUUGCUACUCUACCGCCCAAUCAGUGAUUCUUGAUGACCCAUUGAGUGCUGUCGAUGCUCCUACAGCGCUGCAUCUGUUUGAAAAGUGUAUUCGCGGACUGCUUGCAAGUCGCACAGUAAUUCUUGUUACACAUGCUACUGGUCUUGUCUUGCCGUUUUCCGAUUAUAUUGUCUAUUUCAAGGAUGGUCGUAUUGCUGCUCAAGGCUUGCCCGCAGCCGUUCAAACACAUUUUGAAACAACCGAUUGUAGCGAUAGUUUUGGUAACCAUUUACUUCACGCGAUCAAAGGUGACAAGAUUGAGAGCGAUGUAACUUCAAAAGUCGAAAACAAUGCAGCCAAUGAGUCAAAUGAAGGUGCCAAAACCAAGGGCAAACUUGUUGAAGAUGAAACCAAACAGUCCGGAUCAGUGAAACUCGCCAUCUAUAAACAUUACAUAGGUGCGGUUGGCGGUUGGUGGUUUCUUGUCGCCUAUCUACUUAUUUCUACUAGCGCACGCGCAGUUCAGGGUUUGGACGACUUAUGGCUCAAGGUGUGGGCUGAUUCAUACAAGCAUACGGAUAUCAACUCGACAGCUUUGUUCAUGCCAGAUGUCUUUUUAAUGCAGUCCGUUUCACACCCACCAGUCGUACCUUUAGCUACUCCUGUUCGUGAUCCAAGCUUUUACAUUUGGGUUUACGGCGGUCUUGGACUUGGUGUCGUGUUUUUUGAACAACUUUUGUUGACUAUUCAAUAUGCUGGAUCCUACAAUGCUUCAAAGAAACUGCAUUCAUCCAUGUUGAAUAGGGUUCUAAACGCACCCAUGAGAUUCUUUGAUACUACUCCUAUUGGUCGCAUUUUGAACCGAUUCUCAAAAGAUAUUGAAUGUAUUGACAUGAAAGUGAGCAAUGGCGUUUCUGGAUUUCUUGGGAGUACGCUUCGAGCUUUUACCGUGCUAAUGAUUGUUACCAUGGUAGCCCCAUUAUUGCUCCUGUUGUUUAUUCCUAUUGUUAUUAUGUUUUAUAACAUCUCCAAAUCAUACCUUCUUGCUUCGCGUGAACUUCUUCGUCUCGAGUCUGUAUCCCAAAGUCCCAUCUAUGCCAAAUUUUCCGAAACUCUUCAAGGCGCAGCUACGAUUCGUGCCUUUGGAGUCGAGGAACAAUUUAUAAACGACAAUAUGAAUCUCGUAGAUAAAAACCAACAAGCACAUUUUUACAUGUGGGCUUGCAAUCGAUGGUUUGCAGCUCGAUGCGAUCUGGUCUCUGGGUCUAUUGUUUUAAUAACAACAAUAUCGCUUGUAUUGGCAAGGGAUACACUGGAUGCUGGAAUAGCUGGCUUGUGUCUUGCGUAUGUCACUGAACUUGUUUUCGAGUUGUUAUGGAUGACUUGGUCUUACGCUAUGAUGGAAAUGAGCAUGAAUUCUGUCGAGAGAAUAGAUGAAUACUUGCAGAUUGAGCAAGAUGCUGCUGCAAUUGUUGAUGACUACCGUCCUGCAGAGAAUUGGCCACAUCAUGGUUGUAUCGAUGUAAAGGAUUUAUCCAUUCGCUAUUCUGCUGAUCAACCCCUAGUUCUGGAUAAGAUAUCUUUCCAUGUUGGCACGUUUGAAAAAAUAGGCAUUGUCGGACGUACUGGUGCAGGAAAGUCUACACUUUCUUUAGCCAUGUUUCGCAUUGUUCCUCAUGACUCGGGUCACGUUCUGAUUGAUGGGAUGGAUAUUGGAAAGAUGGGAUUAUGGGACUUGCGAUCAAGACUAACGAUUAUCCCACAAGAUCCUGUGCUGUUUUCAGGUACUGUUAGAACCAAUCUUGAUCCAUUUGAUAAGCACGAUGAUGCAGCUCUAUGGGCUGCGUUGAAACGUGUUCAUUUCCUUGAAAGCAUGCAAACCAGACCUGGUCAUGAUGAUGCAAAUGGACCCAGAGGCUCUAUCGAAUCCAAAUCCGAAUCCAGCGCAACAUUAAAUUCCAAUAUACCGCAUAGUACCGACAAGAUUGAUGAUGCUACUGAGCCAUUGUGUGGACCCUCUAGCAAUGAGGCAAGUGCUGUCAGCAAGGGUUUUGAUCUUGAAUCCCCUGUUCAAGAAAACGGUACAAAUUUCUCUCAAGGACAACGACAACUGCUAUGUUUGGCUCGUGCACUCCUUCAAGCUUCGCGUAUCAUCAUUAUGGACGAAGCUACUGCUAGUGUUGACCAUUCCACUGACGCUAGAAUCCAAAACACAAUCAGAACAGAAUUCUCCAAUGCAACCGUGCUGACUAUUGCUCAUCGUCUCAGUACAGUGAUGGAUUAUGACAAGAUUCUUGUGUUGGAUAGGGGUCAGGUAUCGCAAUAUGGUAGACCCCACGAGUUACUUGAGGACAAAUCGGGCUUACUUUACCAAAUGUGUAUGGAGAGCGGUGAGAUGGAUUUGCUGGUCGAUAUUGCAGCCAAAAAGGCAAGUUUAAAUUCUCAAUAAAAUCAAUUUUUGUGGACAUG